AUAAUAUACAUAGAGUUGACGUCGUUGGUAAUUGGUAGGUAGGUAUUUACUAUUACCUCCGUGGCGUCCAUGAGUAAAUUAACUGUAAUUACUAAUUAUUGAGUGUAUUUCGGCAGUCCGUACGCUUUUGUUUUCAGUUUGAAACAAAUUAAAAUAAUCAUGUCUUUGAAACGUGUGCUGGUCGUAAAUAAAACAUUCCCUGACGCGGGAUUGAAAUUAUUAAAAACUAAAUUUGAACCGACCGUAGUCCCGCACUUAGACAGUGAUCCUGAAAGUUUGCCUGAAAUAAAAAAGGAAAUUGUCAAGGGUUUUGAUGCCCUUAUAUGGAAUACGAAACACCGCCUUACGGGAGAAAUAAUGGACUUAGCUGGUCCAAAGCUUAAAGCCGUUUCGACAAUGUCCUCUGGGCUAGAUCAUAUAGAUGUGAAUGAAGUAGCAAAACGUGGUCUGUCUCUGGGUAACACUCUCAAUGUACUGGACGAUGCAGUCGCUGAUAUCGCUAUAGGCCUCUUGAUUAGCGCCGCUAGACGAUUCAAAGAAGGCAUUAGGGAAUUGGAAAGUGGGGAAUGGAAGUCCGGCGUGCAAUGGAGCCUGGGACAAGAUAUAGCUAGAAGUACUGUAGGAAUUGUUGGCCUCGGGGGUGUUGGCCAGACUAUAGUCAAAAGAUUGAAGGGAUUUGAUGUUGCAAGGUUCAUUUACAGUGGACGUUCUGAUAAACCUGAAGCAAAAGCUUUGGGAGCAGAGCGUGUGCCUUUAGAACAGUUAUUGAAAGAAAGUGACUUUGUCAUUCUGUGUUGUCCGUUGUCAAAAGAAACCAAGCAUUUGAUCAACGCUGAAAAUUUGCGGAUGAUGAAAAACACUGCUGUGCUGGUGAACAUUGGCAGAGGAGGGCUAAUCGAUCAAAAAGCACUUUACGACGCAUUGAAAGUUGGCCAGAUUUUUGCAGCCGGUCUCGAUGUCACCACUCCGGAACCAUUGCCUAAAGAUGAUCCACUCGUAUCUCUGCCAAAUUGUUUUAUAGUUCCGCACUUGGGCAGUGCCACUGUGGAAACUAGAAAUGCCAUGGCACGUAUAGCAGCCAACAAUGUACUUUUAUCAAUUGAAGGAAAGCCAAUGUUAAAUCCUGUUGUAUGAGUUUUUGCUAAAAGCCUAUUGAAUUACAAUAGCUUUUGUAAUUUAUAUAAGUGAAAAUCAAUAAAAUAA